AUGGAAGUUGGAGAACGACCCAACUGGGGUUUCUGUGAUUUAUGGAUAGAUAGAGGCUUUGAUUAUAAAAUGUUGAGUUCGAUAAAAAAACUUAAUUAUAAUACAAUUGCUAUAAACACAUACGUACCAGAAGCUGAAGACGAACCCAAAAAAAAGAAGAAGAAAGCUGAACAAACAAAGGAAAAGAAAGAUUAUAUUCCAGCACCUCCUGAAAUACCAUCUGACUUACAACGAAACUCUAAAUUAAAUAUACUUCAAAGGGUUACUAUAGAAUUCUCUGAGUCAGCUAUAGCACACAAAAUACAUCAAUCAGAAAAUAUUAAAAAGUAUGAUAUCAUAGCUGUUUUGCCGAGAACAAGUCAGGCUUUCCAAUAUAUUUGCACAACUUUAGAUGUAGAUAUAAUUACAUUUGACCCUCAGACGAGGCUUCCCUUCAGAAUGUCCCGUAAACUGUAUGGGCAGGCUGUUGAACGUGGGAUAUUUUUUGAACUGAUGUAUAGUCCGGCAAUACGAGAUUCUACCUCACGGAAGAACAUUAUCACUACAGCACACACAUAUCAUGCUGUGGGAAGAUCAAAAAACAUUAUAGUUUCUAGUGGAGCUUCCAAUUUCCUGCAAAUUAGAGAUGUUCAUGAUGUCAUCAACCUUGGUUUCAUUCUAGGCUUGAAAAGCAAUGAAAGUGUACAGGUUAUAAGAAAUAACACUUGGAAACUCAUUCUCAAAGCUCAAAGUAGAAGAUGUGGCAAAUAUUAUGUGGAAGUUUCACCGAUGGAACUCGAUGAAAAUAAAACGCCUGAAUAA